AUGGAAUCUAAUAGAACGCGCAAAGGGCCGCUGCCUGGAGGUCGCCAGGGCGCGUCUGGAGCUGGCGCUGGACGCGACAGCAUGCGAACCGCCAGCCGAGCGCGAGGUGCUGCACGACCACCCAGCAGCUCCUCGCAUCCAUCAUCCCCACCAGCUGGCUUGGUGUCGGCUGGGUCUUCGCGGGCUCAGCAAUCGGCACCCGCCACUGGUGGAGUACGCCGCAUGCGUUGGACAACCCAGAUGAACAGCAACGCAUUGCGGGCGUAUUUUAGGGCGAAAGCGGGAGAAACUGGAGGUUUUGCGUAUCGGGCAAGGAUGCAUCGACUUUUUGCUGAGCUGGAGCCAUCUGUAACCGUCACCGAGCAAAACCUGGCAGACCGAGUUCGGUAUAUCUUGCGCUCAAAUACAUUUGAUGUCACCGAACUCGAACGGCUACGACGUGAGGCUGUUCCUUCAUCGGGUGAAAAUGCUGCGGCUGAGGAUGCGGCGCCACAACUUGCCGAGCAAACGGCAAAUGUGGAUGCCGCCGUGAAUACGCCAGUUGUGGUUGAUUCAAACGACGAUGGAACAGUCGCCCAGGAACUGGAACUAGAGCAAAUGAGGAGUACAUUGGAAGAGGCGAUUGUGGAAGCGCGCAGUACGACUCUCGAAAAUCGACCGCGACUUCCCCGCUUAGCCCUAAGCAAGCGGAAUCGGGCUGUCGUGAGGGCUCUGAACCCAAUGCUGGUUACCUAUUUGGAAGCCAGCCGGGACCUUUGCGAGACGGACUCAAUUAUUUUUGGCGCCGCACUGGCAGUCUGCCGUAUUAUAGGUGCCAAACUUUCCACGGCUGGACGCGCUACUGGACAAAGUAGUGCUAUCCCAGCCUGGAGAAUAAGAAUUGAAGAACGUAUCGCAAAGGCUAGGGCCCUCAUCGGCAGACUGAUAUGCUUCAGGUCAGGCAAUACCAGGCCAAGGAUUGUGCGCACCGUCAGGAUGGCGUUUGCUGGGACAAAUGUUAGUUUGUCCCAGCCGGAUAUAAUGCAAAAACUGACGGAGCGCAUAGACGACCUGAAGCAAAGAAUAGCUGCUUGGGGAAAGCGGAUUCGGCGAUAUACCGAGAGGUCGACACGGUUCAACCAGAAUCGUCUCUUCCAGAGUGAUCAGAAGAGGCUCUAUAAAUCAUUGGAGCGACCAAUAGUAAGUGGAACGGGCCCUGCACCAAAUUAG